AUGUGGCUAGUGUCCCCUCAUUAUUACUUCAUUCAGGAGGUAGCAUCAUGUGCUUUGGAUGUGAAGAGACCGGCUUUGUCAUGCCGCGAGCUGGGGCUGGCCGCCGCCUGGGAGUGCCGCGGCCGGGGCCUCCUCCUGGCUGGGCCCUCUCCCCCGCCGUGCCCGCCGCCGGCUGCCGACACCGUGUGCAAGCGCAAGGGCGCCGCUCCCGGGCUCCCGGCCUGCACGCCCUGCAAGCAGCCCCGCUGCGGGGGCCACGGCGGCGGGCACGGCGGGCGCGGCGGGCACGGAGGGGCGCACGGAGGGCCCGCGCGGGGGGGGGGCGCCUAGCCGCCGCGGCCCCCCGACGCCGCCUGCUGCCCCGCGGCCCCCGCGCCCCCCGAGGCCCCCGCGCCCCCGGGGGACCCCAGCGCCCGCGCCCCCUCGGCCGCCCAGCAGCAGCAGCAGCACGACUGCUGCGACGCCAACCGCCGGGAGCCCCCCAACCCCUGCGAUUGUCACAGGGAUCCGCCCCCCGAAACCUCGGACAUCAACCAGCUGCCACCGUCCAUCCUGCUCAAGGUCACUGAUGAAUCAUUGGAAAAAAUUGCAUCAAGAAGUCAGGAUAUAAUUGAAAUCAACAUUUCUGAUUGUCGCAGUAUGUCUGAUACUGGCGUAUGUGUUCUAGCAUUUAAGUGUCCUGGACUUCUUAGGUAUACAGCCUACAGGUGUAAACAGCUUUCUGACACUUCUAUUAUUGCGGUUGCCUCUCACCGGCCUUUACUUCAGAAAGUUCAUGUAGGCAACCAGGACAAACUUACUGAUGAAGGACUCAAACAGCUGGGAUCAAAGUGCAGAGAACUCAAAGAUAUUCAUUUCGGCCAGUGUUACAAGAUCUCAGAUGAAGGCAUGAUCGUCAUAGCUAAGGGCUGUCUGAAAUUACAAAGAAUAUACAUGCAGGAAAACAAAUUAGUAACAGAUCAGUCGGUGAAAGCAUUCGCUGACCACUGUCCUGAACUUCAGUAUGUUGGCUUCAUGGGUUGUUCAGUUACUUCGAAAGGAGUCAUUCACCUAACCAAGCUACGAAAUCUUUCCAGCUUGGACCUACGUCCUGUCACUGAACUGGAUAAUGAAACUGUGAUGGAAAUUGUCAAGAGGUGCAAAAAUCUUAGCUCUCUCAAUCUCUGUCUGAACUGGAUCAUAAAUGACAGGUGUGUGGAGGUCAUUGCAAAGGAAGGACAAAACCUGAAAGAGCUGUAUUUGGUGUCCUGUAAAAUCACAGAUUAUGCACUGAUUGCCAUCGGCCGGUACAGCAUGACGAUAGAGACUGUGGAUGUCGGAUGGUGUAAAGAAAUUACAGACCAAGGAGCCACCCUGAUUGCACAGAGCAGCAAAUCUCUGAGAUAUCUGGGGCUGAUGAGAUGCAAUAAAGUCAACGAAGUGACGGUGGAGCAGCUGGUGCAGCAGUACCCCCACAUCACCUUCAGCACCGUGCUGCAGGACUGCAAGAGGACCUUGGAGAGGGCCUAUCAGAUGGGCUGGACCCCCAACAUGUCUGCAGCCUCCUCCUAACGCUCCUGCUGGGGGAGGGGGGAGAUCUCGGGGGGCCGAGCCCUUGGAAAGAUUUUCCCUGUUCCACGUCUACGGGUGUACCCCAGUGUAUAUGUGUGUCUUGUUCGCAUAACGCAUAGCAUAAGCGCAAUUGCUGUUUGUUCGC